AUGAAGACAUCUCAGCUUUUGACCUUGGCAGUCGCCACCUUGGGCCUUACAACAGGCGCCGUUGCUCAGCGGAAUAACAAUCGAAACGGUGGAAACAAUGGCGGGAACACUGGAGCCUCAACAACGAAUGCUGCAGCAGCAGCAGCUUCUACCACUGCCGCUGCCGCCGGAGGCAACAAUGGCAAUACGGGAAACAACAACGCAGCUGGUGGGAAUGGGGGUAACAACGACCUUCUCUUGCUUGCAUCCAACGUCCAAGCUGCGAGCAACUUCGCUGGUAACCCUGAUGUGGCCGCUGGUCAAUCGAACUCCGAUACUGACCCAGCCAACUUCAUCAACUUCUGUACAGGCAAGACCUUGACCAACGGAACUCAGAACACUGCCGGAUCCUGCAACGGUGUGAUCAUGGGUGACAUUCCUUCCAACAAUAACAUGGUCUCUGCCAUCGUUCUCUUCCCCGGCCCUGGAGACGAUUUGACCCCUAACCAGUCCUUCAACAUUCAAGUCCAGCUCACCAACUUGGUCGCCGGUUCCUUUACUGACCCACUCACCACAUACUACUCUGCUCCUCAAGAGCUGCAAGGCGGCAACAUUGUUGGCCACUGCCACGUCACUGUUCAGGAUCUCGGAAAUUCCCUGGCCCCUACCACACCCCCAGACCCAAAGACCUUUGCCUUCUUCAAGGGUAUCAAUGACGAUGGCAAUGGCCAAGGUCUUCUCCAGGCUACUGUCGCCAAUGGCCUCCCUGCCGGCUUCUACCGUGUCUGCACAAUGAACAGCGCUUCUAAUCACCAGCCUGUGCUCAUGCCCGUCGCUCAACGAGGUGCUCAAGAUGAUUGCCAGAAGUUCACUGUAGGCCAGGGCACCGGAAACGCAGGAGGCAAUGCCGGUGGCAACGCUGCUGGUGGAAAUGGCGGCAACAACAACAACGCUGCGGCCUCUUCUACAACCGCUGCCGCUGCCGCGACCAGCGCCGCUACAGGUAACGGAAAUGGUGCUGGCAACGGAAAUGCCAACGGAAAUGGCAAUGGCGCUGCCGCCACCACAUCAGCCGCCGCUUCUACUCAAACUGGUUCUACUGGCUCGAACUCCACUACAGGAGGGAAUACUGGCUCUGGCCGUGGAGGAAGAUUCGGUGGUGGACGAGGCCGCUUCGGCCGUGGACGUGGACGAUUCGCCGCCCGAGACCUCAUUGCAUGA